ACUCUAAUGCAGCUGUGCCAUCUAUGCCAUCGUAUACAAUUCAUACAAUCUUUGAACUAAAGCGUUGGUUUUGUUGUGGCAGGAGGUAUUGUUGAAUUGGGCUGUGAGAAUCGUGAGCGAGGGUGGUUGUGAAGAGAACCAAGGCAAUAAUGAUGUCAAAUGCUCUGAGAGCCUUGGCUGGAUACGCGCAGAGGGGGGUACGGCAGCUGCACAAGACCUCCCCUGCUGCCAGUGGCCAGUUGUUCGUCCACCGGGACUCAGACGCCAACAACCCGAACACGCCGUUCGAGUUCACGGCCGAUAACCUGAAGCGGGCGGAAGCCAUCAUCUCCAUCUACCCGGACGGCCACCAGAAGGCGGCCGUGAUCCCGCUGCUGGACCUGGCGCAGCGGCAGCAUGGCUGGCUCCCCAUCUCGGCCAUGCACGCCGUCGCUAAGAUGCUCGACAUGCCCAACAUGCGUGUCUACGAGGUGGCCACCUUCUACACCAUGUUCAACAGGAACCCGGUGGGCAAGUACCACGUGCAGCUGUGCGGCACGACGCCUUGCUGGCUGUGCGGCUCCGACGACAUCAUGGCCGCCAUCCAGAACAAGCUCGGCAUCAAGAAGGGUGAGACGAGCAAGGACGGCAUGUUCACACUCAACGAGGUCGAGUGUUUGGGGGCGUGUGUCAACGCUCCCAUGGUACAGAUCAACGACAACUACUACGAGGAUUUGUCCGUGAAGGACAUCGAGGAGAUCCUGGACGACCUGAAGGCGGGGCGGGAGCCGGCCGCCGGACCCAGGGGCGGCCGCUUCGCGUGCGAGCCGGCCGGCGGGCUGACCUCGCUGACCUCCGAGCCGUACGGACCUGGCUUCAAGGUGCGGCCUGACCUCUGAGGACGGCACCCGGCGCCGGCGCCGAGACGGCCUACUCCUCCGUGUGUCUGUGUAAAUAGUAGCCGAACCGUCGUGGAGACAAAUAUACAAUGAUGCCCA